CCGAGGUUCGUCAAGGAUGCUCUCCGCCAUCUCCCUCGGGCUUCUUGCCCUCGCUGCGUCGUCCGAGGUCGCCGCCUCGCCUGAGCCCAUGCAGAUCAGGCCUCACAAGAUCGACCUGCAGUCUCGCAAGACCCCCAAGGGACAUGUGAGCGCGUUGCGCAAGCGCGCCACGGCCGCCAUUGGCGUCCCUCUUGACGACUUCUUCCUGGGAACGGACUUGCAGUGGUUCGGCAACAUCUCCGUGGGCACUCCCCCGCAAGAUGUGAGUGUCGUAUUCGACACCGGCUCGCAGAGUCUCGAGUUUGCCACCACGGAUUGCACGUCCUGCACGCAAAAGAACAAGUUCGACAUUUCCAAGAGCACCACCUUUGUGCAGGGCUCGCGCACAUCGACUCUUGACUUUGCGACUGGUGUCGGCGUAGACCCCGUCGUCAACAACGACUACGUGCUCACCGUUCGCAGUGGUACGGACACUGUCACCGUUGGCGGCGUCGCUGCCAAGGCGGUGUCACUCUUCACGAUCACCAAGCAAACACCAAAGUUCAACAUCGACCCCUUCCUCGGCAUCCAGGGUAUGGGCUCCUCAGCUGAGGGCUUCUUCGCCGCACUUAUCCGUGCGGGUCUUCCUUCUCUCUUCAGCAUGUUCCUGACCCCGAACGCGGUCGGCAACGCGGAGCUGCUGAUUGGUGGUAUCGACAACACCAAGUUCAAGGGCGACCUCGUCUUCGCCGACCAGACCGGCGAGGGCGACUGGGAGGUCACGUCCUCCCAGAUCUCUGUGAACGGAAAGACGACCACGCUGCUCAAGAAGACCCGCAGCAUCAUAUUCGACAGCGGCACGAGCAACAUCCUCUUCGACACCCAAACGACCAACGCGAUGUACGCGCUCAUCUCGCCCCUGAUUAAGCCCUUCUCCGCCGAGCCCGGCGCGUACGGUCUUCCGUGCUCGAAGAUCGCCGGGCUGCCCGCGACGAUCGACCUCACCUUCACGUCACAGGCCGGGAAGCCGUUCAACCUGACGAUCCCGAGCUCGGAGCUGAACGUGGGCCCGUUCGCGAGCGACCCGACAACGUGCCAGACGCUUAUCAACGCGUUCGAUGGGCUCGAGCUCGUCGGCGGGUCGGUGCUGAAGCACUACUACUCGGUGUGGGACGUCGGAGGACAGCGCAUGGGCUUUGCGCCUAAUGGUUUCUGAGCUCGGCUUGAUACUAAAGCUGCUCUUCACGAGCUACCUGCUUGCCUGAUGCAGGCGACCUUCACGGUAGAAAAUCAGGUCCAUGUAACGAUAGCAAAGAGACAAACUUCAUCCUUGGCC